GCUGGCUGCAGGUCAGUGCAGGGCUGUUGCUGUUGCUACUGGGCCACCCCAGCUCCAGCUGACUCCCAGGAGCUGCAAGUGGGAAACAACCUGGCUCCAGACAGCUAACAAAGGCUGGAAACCGGGCCGCCCCUUCCUGGCGCUCGCACGCGGCGUGAGCAGAGCCGCGCCCGCUCGCGCUCUCCGUGGGAACAGCCGCGCAAAGGCCAGCGUGGCGCAGGUCCCGGGAGCCCCGCACCCCGUCUGCCUCGACUGCGCAGUCACCUCCGCGGUCGAGCUCCGCGUGAAUACCCGCACCUUGCACACACGAACCUGCUGACAUGGCCGAUCGUGAGGCUGAUGAGCCAUCCUCCAGGACAGGGAGUCCAGACCGGGAAAGUCAGGUCUCUGAGGACAGAUGGUCACUCCAUCAGAGGCUAGCCGUCAGGGAGCUGAUUGACACAGAAGUCUCCUACGUGCACCUACUCCGGCUCUGUGCCUUGGACAUUAGGAGCCGCCUGCAGCAGCUGCCACAGGGAGAUCUGGAUGUCCUGUUCUCAAACAUUGAUGAUAUUAUCAAGGUGAACAGCAAAUUUCUUCAGGAUCUGCAGGAGACAGACUCCAAGGAAGAAGAACAAGUACAGCUAAUUGGUAACCUAUUCCUGGAAUUCCAAGAGGAGUUGGAGCGAGUCUAUAAGUUCUACUGUGCCAACUAUGACCAGGCCUUGCUGCUGGUAGAGUCGUACAGGAGGGAGCCGGAGCUGCAGCGGGAGAUCCAGGGCAUCAUUGAGUCAGUGAUGCCACAAGCUGGACCUUCAGGCCUCAGUUUCUUGCUGGUAAUCCCUCUCCAGAGGAUUACCAAGUACCCAUUGCUGCUGCAGAAAAUUCUGGAGAACACACUCCCUGAUGCCAGUGCCUAUCCUGUCCUUCAGAGGGCCGCCUCUGCCCUCCAGGAUGUGAACACCAACAUCAAUGAGUACAAGAGGCGCAAGGAAGUGGCCUCCAAGUACACCAAGGUGGAGCAGCUGUCCCUCCGGGAGCGGCUGGCCCGCAUCAACACACACACCCUCUCCAAGAAGACCAACCGGCUGAGCCAUCUGCUGAAGCAGGAGGCAGGGCUUGUGCCCAGGACAGAAGACAAAGAAUUUGAUAACUUAGAAGAAAGGUUCCACUGGGUGUCGCUGUGUGUGACCGAGCUGAAGAACAACAUGGCCGUUUACCUGGAUAACAUGGAGGCUUUCCUCCGCUUCUGGCCACAGGAAUGCGUUCUGGACAUCUGCGGGGGGCCUGUGCUGCAGUACUGCAACCUGGCGAGAGACCUUCAGCUCCAGGCUUUCCCUGAGUUUAAGCAGAGGCUGGAAGGCCUGGUCUGGCAGCCGCUGUGCAGCCUGGCCAAAGCCCUGGGCGGCCCUCAGAACCUGAUCAAGAAGCGUCUGGACAAACUACUGGACUUUGAGCGGCUGGAAGAGAAGCAGUUGGAGGAGGGCAGCAUGACCUAUGAGGAGAAGGAGGCCUGGCACACGUACCAGGCGCUCAACUCCCUGCUGGUGGCUGAGCUCCCACAGUUUAACCAGCUGGCCGUGCAGUGGCUGGGCCAGAUCCUGUGUACAUUCAUGGCUCUCCAGAGGGACUUUGCAAAGCAAGCGCUACAGAGGGCAGAGGGCACUUUGGCCCAGCUGCCCCACCACCAGCUGUCUGAGCCAGCCUUCAGGAAGCUGGUGGAGGAUGCACUAGGCCAGGCUGGUCACCAGCUUUGCUCCUUUCAAGAGAACUUCAAGAAAGUGCUGCCACCUCCGACCAUACAACCACUCCUUCCAGGAGCUGAACGCCAGGUGCAGGCUCUCCUGAGCAGGUAUGGCCCAGAAAAGCUGUACCAGGUGACAAGCAACAUCCGCGGGUCUGGGACCCUGGACCUGACACUGCUGCAGGGCCAAGUCGUGGCUCUCCUUCAAAACAAGGACACCAAAGGCAACAGCAGCCGCUGGCUGGUGGACACUGGGGGACAUCGAGGAUAUGUGCCUGCUGGGAGACUGGAGCAGUACCGCGUCGUCCCCGGUGAGGAGAAGCUCAGAGGGCAGGCCGGACCUCAUGAGAGCUUCCGACAUCUAUCUCCAGAACCCACCCCAGUCCCAGUCCCCUCUGUCCCAACCGGGACCCAGAUGGUGGCGGUGUACCCCUUUGUGGCCAGAAGCAGCCAUGAAGUGAGUCUGCAGGCAGGCCAGUCUGUGACUGUCCUGGAGGCCCAGGACAAGAAAGGAAACCCGGAAUGGAGCCUCGUAGAAGUGAACGGACAGAGGGGAUACGUGCCUUCUAGCUUCCUGGCCAGGGCCCCAAGCCCAGCUCCGUGGGGCUGGAGUCUGCCUUCCUAGGGUGCCUUCCUUAGAGCCCAUGUUACCAAGGGAUGGACAGGCUUGGAGGCUAUGACUCUGGGAGGGAGAAAAAGCAAUGAGAAGGUGGGGUAGAAGGGGACAUCAGGCCAGGGUGGGGUGACAGGCACCCAGAAGGCAGCCAGAAGAGGAGGGUGUGCCCUGGUGUGGAUGGGUGUGAAAGGCUCCAGCUGGGACCACUCAUGAAGUCGUUCCAACCCGGAAUCACAACACCCUGGAUGGCAAGUCAGGGUGAUCAGGACUUGCCAUAGCUGAAGGCCAGUCUUUCCUGUGCCCCCAUGUGCGCCAUGGAGAGAGGCACCCAGUGAACGUUACCUGUGUGCUGUGUGGUUGCAGGGAGGGGCGCUGGAGAAUCCUCAAACUGCCAGGUCUGACAGCUCACUUUUCUGCGUGUGGCAUCAGGAGGCACCACAGCCAGCCAGUCCUCUUUUCUUUCUCCUCUCUGGGAGCUGAGUUAUCUUGGGCGGUGAACCCCAGAGAGCACCCCCUAGCGGGAGAGCAAGGGCUUGUCGGGGCAGAGGAGGGGUUCCCAGGAGACUCUUGCCGGGGGCCUGGGAGUGGGUGUGACCAAGUCACAGUUCUGGAAUGUGUGUAGGCAAAUUCAGAACUGUCCCAGGGAGGAGGGGAUUUUGAGGGUGUGUUAAGUGGGGUGUGUGAGGCCGCUGGCAGCAGUUAUACACUGCUACUGUUUUCUUUGGACUAGGGGACAAAGGAGCAUGCAAAUCACAGAGGAGACUGUGAAGCAGGUGAUUACAGGCCUGGUGGGUGGGGAAGACUUGGUCAUGGCUUGUUUCUGGAAGAAGGAGAGGCAGGGGAACCCCCAGGAAUUUCAGGAGGCCACUGAGGGCCUGGAAGCAACCGUAGACAUGAUGUCAGUUGGCUGUGGGAUCUUAGACAUAGGACACAAUCUCCGGUCUCCCAUCUAUAAAGGCAACUAAAUUGCCUUUAGUUGCAGGAUGUUUGGGGAGUGGUCUCAGCAUCAGCAUCUCUGCCCACUUUCCAUUCCUGCGCCCAUGGCAGGCACUGUUCGUCAGCGUGGCUUCCUUUCCCACCAACCCAGCAUCUGCCGCAGGAGCCUUCUCAGUACUGCAUUCUGGGUAGCCAAACUCUCAAACUUUGUGAGAUCAAACCUAUUAUCCUCCCUUUGUAGAACCUGGAAAGGGAAGCCCCUGAAAAUGGUUCCUGUUCAAGAAAGACCAACCCACUGGGGCAAUUUUGGGUGCGGCCACUGUUGAAUCAUGAUCUCUAGGUUGUCACUAGGUUGGGCUAAGAUAAAUUACAAGAGUCACAGAAGAGUAUAAAGCUGAUCUAACAUGGUCCUUAAUACAAAUUUUGGAACCAACCCAAGAUACAGUAUGUGUAAAAGCAGGUGUCAGUUAAGACUUAUUUCCAAGAAUGUCUUUUGUUAAUGUAACUAUAAGCUCCGGUUUUUAGAGGGCAUUUAAGAAACAUACAGAUCAGUGUCAGCCUGUAACUCACCUCCUUUGGGCUUGUGAAAGCGUGAAGACUACAUAAUGCAGGAGAAACUCAGUCCCCAUAACCCCUUUCCCAGCCCCAAAAUCACUUUAAAAGAUGCUCUUGACUCAUUUUCCUUUCUCUUUCCCGCUCAGAUUUCUGAUACAAACAGGAAGCAUAGGAGAGCAGAUAAUAAAAUGAGAAAUCCAUUUGUGGUUCCACAACACUCACUGAGAGUCUGCUGUGUGCUAGAACCUUAGCUCGGGGCUUCUUAACGUGGCUACCAGUUGCAGUCACCUGGGCAGCUUUCCACUAUGACUGACGCCAGGACCCCACCUGGAGAUUCUGAUGUCAUUGGUUUGGGGUGUGGCCCAGGCCUCCGGAACUCAGGUGCUUACUGUGUGGCCAGGGUUGGAGAUCUCUACCCUAGAUACCCAGUGGUGGAUGAGAGAGACCUGGGGUCAGAAAUGACCACAAGCUAUAAGCUAGGACAUGCCCCAUCCGAGUUUUGUACUAGCUCUGAUGUUUUGAACAGGCAGCUCUAGAGGUGGUUUGAAAUAGGACAGCCUGUUCUGUCAGGUCCCAGAAUGUAUAUUUAUAAGUGCCAUUAAAAGGGACCCGAACAAAAUUGGAUGUUUUGUAGGCAUAAGGGAGAAAACUGAAAUACACUUGGAACCAAAUCUAUCUCAUGAAGGGAAAAUAAAGUAUUCAGUAGCACGUGGGUUGCAGUUUCUCGUGGAUGAGAUUAAAAGUCACUGAAGGGUGAGAAAAUGCAUACUGAGAAGAUGAAGAAUGGCCUGAAUUUUCUCCAGGGGACUCUGUAUAAUGUGCCUUUCCCCACCAAAAUGCCUAGAACCGUUGUAUUGUGUCUUGUUUAUUUCACUGUUGGGCUGUCACAUAUUGAACUUGCUAAGGUGUUUGCCCAUAAACCCAACAAGACUUCUAGGAGUUGAAGACUGAUUCACAGGGGUGCCUCUUGCUCCCUGCAGCGGAGUGAGACCUCUUUAAGCUUUUGGGCCCCAGCCCAGUUUUGGACAUGAGGACAAGAUUACAAUAUCAAAGGAAAGAUGAGUGAAUUCUCGGUUAAUACAAUGAGAUCUAGCUUGGUGAAUAACUGAUGUGAACUACUGGGAAUAAAGAACUUCAAAGGUGAAAA